GGAGUGCCCGGAUGUAGCGGGAGGAGGCGCCGCCGCCAUCUUUGCCCGGAGAGCAGCGAGAGCUGAUCGUGGUUGAGCCCCCCCCGCCGGACCAUCGGUCUCCAUCCGCCCCGCGCAGCCCCCGCCGCCCUCGCCCGACGGACAUGGACGACCGGGAGGACCUCGUCUACCAGGCCAAGCUCGCCGAGCAGGCCGAACGCUACGAUGAAAUGGUUGAGUCAAUGAAGAAAGUAGCUGGGAUGGAUGUUGAACUGACCGUCGAAGAAAGGAACCUGCUGUCUGUUGCAUACAAAAAUGUAAUUGGCGCUAGAAGAGCUUCUUGGAGAAUAAUCAGCAGCAUUGAACAGAAAGAGGAAAACAAAGGUGGAGAAGACAAAUUGAAGAUGAUCCGGGAGUAUCGGCAAAUGGUUGAGACUGAAUUGAAACUAAUCUGUUGUGAUAUUCUGGACGUACUGGACAAACACCUCAUUCCAGCAGCCAACACUGGCGAAUCCAAGGUUUUCUAUUAUAAAAUGAAAGGGGACUACCACAGGUAUCUUGCAGAGUUUGCCACAGGAAACGACAGGAAGGAAGCUGCUGAGAACAGCCUGGUGGCUUACAAAGCUGCUAGUGACAUUGCAAUGACAGAACUUCCUCCAACACAUCCCAUCCGCCUAGGACUUGCCCUCAACUUCUCUGUUUUCUACUAUGAAAUCCUUAAUUCUCCUGACCGCGCCUGCAGGUUGGCAAAAGCAGCUUUUGAUGAUGCUAUUGCAGAACUGGAUACGCUGAGUGAAGAAAGCUAUAAGGAUUCUACACUUAUCAUGCAGUUGUUACGUGAUAACCUGACACUAUGGACUUCAGACAUGCAGGGUGACGAUUCUUAAAAGGAACUUCACCUGUUCAUUUUCUAAAACUCUACUUUGUGAAGAACAGAGUAAAGAAGCGCUGCAGGAUGUGGAAGAUGAGAACCAGUGAGACAUCAAGGCCAAUAAGAGACCCCCAUCUUUGUCCCCCUUCUACCGCACCCACUCCCAUAAGCCCCUCAGUGUCCCUGGGAACCAUCUGAUCUGACGUUUGUGAUGGGCCCCAGAAUUUAGGUUCCUACCCUGUUGGUUUUUUUACACAGUUGAAAAGUUCUUUAAAAGGCAAGAGUGAAUGUCUGUGGAUUUUACUGGUGCCAGCUUUCAGUUUCUUUUAAGACACUAACCGGACUGGCUGCAUAGAGGCUUUUUCUGCAUUCCUGUGUUGUCUUCUGUCAGUGUUGGAGGUGACAUCUGGAAGCCAUUAGAAUUCUAGCAGAGGCUUGCACUGUAGAGUGCAUGUGUUGGCAUUUUUCAUUUUUUAUAAUUGUUUAAACAAUUUUAUAUGAGUGUUUAGAAUUGGGCGUUUAGCUUGAAGUUACCGGUUUCAUUGGGACAGUUCUUGUAGUGGUUUUGCUGUAAAAGAAAAAACAAAAAGCAAAAAAAAAAAAUCCAACUGUGCUGAGAUGAUGUUGCUGCAACAGACGGUGCUGGUAACGGUUCAACAAUCCGUGGCUGCUCAUUCUUGCCUUCUCUUUACUUUCCCUCCAAGCAGGUUAGCAUUGAAGGUGGCGUUGAAAGCCUGCAUGUGUGUUCAAUAUUUUUCUCUCCCUCCCCCCUCCCUUUUCGCUAGCUCAACCUCUUUUGUUCAGUAUGUGUAACUUGAAGCUAAUUUGUACUACUGGAUAUCUGACUGGAGCCACAGAUACAGGAUCUGUAUUGUUCUUACUGAAACACAGCAUGGAAUUAACAUUAAACUUAAAUAAAACAACCCUAAAUUAAAAUGAUGCCAAAUACUACUGCUACUUUACCCUGGUAAAUGUUUAGCAAGAGCUGCAGACCGAACAAGUAGCAGGAAGAAAAGUGUUACUUAAUGGAAGAGAGGCUGGCUGUAGCAUAAUGGAGAGGGAGGCCAUCACCAGAAUUUGUGGGUCUCAAUUGGCGGCUGCCCAGAGAGCGCAAACUUGGGCACUGAAUCAAUCUGAGGUGGUUCAUCUGCUUAAUUGUUGCAUUGCGAGGAAACAGUUUUUAUCAGGGAAGCAGCAAGGCAGACGCCUGCCUAACUGGGUCAAAAAUUUGUACUCUGGUUGAGCUAGAACACCUUUUUGAAAACCAAGCCAUGCUCCCUUUCAUUUCUUAACAGCUCUGUUUCCUUUCAAAGUUCAACUCCGCUGUUAGCUGUGCUCAGACCUUUUGGUCACAUGCUGACAAAACACUGAAAGGAUUGUGGGGAAGCCUUCCGGCCCCCAAAACUGUUCCUUGGCUGCUUCAGCCUCCUUCUGCUAAUGCCUUGUACUCUCCUCCUUCUGGUCUGAACUGUCUCCUUGCCUUUUAGCUUCAUCUGGGCUUUCCCCUCUGGCUGAGCAGUGAGUCUGUUGGAUAAAUAAAAUACUGUGUCAAGA